AUGUUUGUGGACGAACGUAUUGUGACUCUGUUCAAAAGAAAUGCCCACCACACGCUGACUUACUGGAGCGUUUUCUUCAGUUUCGGCCUCUGCAUCGCUUUCCUCGGACCUACAAUUCUGGACUUGCAGUGCCAGACGGGCUCGACGCUCAGCCAGAUCACCUGGGUGUUCUUUGCCCAGCAGUUCUGCUUGCUGAUCGGAAGCUCUGUCGGCGGCGUUUUCAAGAGGACGUUACUCAGUGCUCUCGCCGCCUUAUUUGUCUCCGCUCUCGUCAUCUCUAUUAUAUUCGCCAUCAUCCCUGCGUGCACUAAUGUCCUCCUGCUGGCCAUCGCCAUGGCCGUGUCCGGUCUGGCCAUGGGAAUUAUUGACACCAUUGCCAACAUCCAGCUGGUCACCAUUUAUCAGAAGGACUCUGCUGUGUUCUUACAGGCUCUUCAUUUCUUCAUUGGGUUCGGCGCCCUGGUGAGCCCACUGAUUGCAGACCCUUUCCUCUCGGAGACGGGCUGUGGGAACCACACAGCGAACGGGACUGAGCUCAUGCAUCACUUCAGGAGCAUGCUGAGAAACAGUCCGACGCUGGAGCACAACAUCACUCAGAGCCAUCAUGAGGGAGGGCAAUGGGAGUCCACUGUGCACUACGCUUUCUGGAUCAUGGCAGUUAUUAAUCUUCCUGUGCCCAUUGCAGUCCUGUUCCUUAUGUAUCGGGAGCAGCUGCUCCCAUGCUUCCCCAGCGGCACUCCCCGCCUUAUGGACAAGGAUGAACUAGCGAUGGAAAACCAGCAGGGGGCCGAGGGCCCAGCGGAGGAGCAGGAGGAACAUCAAGCAGGAGGUCAUGGGGAUAUCUUUAGCUGCUGUCAGAAUGAUAACCUGCGAGGGCUGCCAGUAUCCUUCUUUAUGAUUCAUAUCCUCGGCGGGAUGGUGCUAUUUAUGACCGAUGGCAUUGUGGGAGCGUACGCCGGGUUUGUGUACACCUACGCUGUGACCCCACCCAUGUCGAUCCCCCAUAAGACAGCAGGGUACCUGGCCAGUAUCUUCUGGGCAACAAUCACCGUUGGACGUCUGCUGUCUAUACCUCUCUCGUAUCGUUUUCAGCCAGUGAGACUGCUCCUGUUCAAUCUGGCAGGAGCUAUUGUCACCGUGUUGAUGCUGCUUAUUUUCUACACCAGCAGCACCUUCCUCUUUGUUGGGACCGCUUUAUGUGGUCUUUUCCUCAGCAGCAUAUUUCCCUGCAUGCUCGCCUACACUGAAGACAUUCUUGAUUACCAGGGAUGUGCAACCUCAGUCCUGGUGACAAGCGCGGGCAUGGGAGAGAUGGUGAUGCAAGUUCUGGUCGGCUCAAUUAUUCAGACCAAAGGCAGCUACAGCUUCCUGCUGUGCGGAAUGAUAAUCGCCUGCAUUGGUUUUAUCCUCUUCAUUGGACUCCUGCUGUUCCAUCGAAUGCACAGAAAUUACCUCACAGGGACAUCGAAGAAGUCGGCCAUGGUGGAGGAACCGGCGGCUGAGCAGAACGGGUCGGCAAGGACAGAAGAGAAGGAGGACAAGGAGGCCAGCUGA